GAGAUACGGCCACUGCACUCCAGCCUGGGCGACAGAGCGAGACUCCGCCUCAAAAAAUAAAUAAAUAAAUAAAUAAAUAAAUAAAUAAAUAAAAACUUAGGAUGCAAACUGAACAAGAGACUCCAAAGAGCCUAAAAGAUGAUGGAGCAUAUGCAUAUGUAAGAAGCACAAGUAGCAGAAUGAUACACAAGUCUGGCGACGAUAUUUCAAACGUAUGCAAGCUCAUAUGAGAAGCAGAAAACCAAUCAAGGACACGCUUUAAGACACAAGGAGGACAUGCUUUAAGACACAAGUCCUCUCCGUUAGUCUCACCCAUGCUGGGAAGCUGGUGGGGUCGUGUCUGAAUAGCAAAGAUGUGCGAACAAACCAAAUUAGCAAAACUGCAGAGUACCUUAGCCUUUCGAGAUGCUACAAGAGCCUCCUCUCCUCCCUGUCCAAAUACUAACCCUGCCGAGAGUGAGGCCUGGAAGGAGGCCCCGGGGAAGCGGAAGAAGCGGUCUGUGCCAAGGAGAAUUCUGUCUUCGGAGACUCCAGGCUCAGAGCGCUACUCACCUGUCUCCAUGGCGAUGGCAGCGGCCAUAACAAGCAAAGACACCGAAUGGUCACCUGCCCAACAGAGGAAAAGCCUGGAGGGGCGUGAGAAGUUCGGGAAACCACGGCUCCCUCUUCGGGUCCAGGGGCAUGGAGGAGUAAGGGGACGGUGGCUCCAGCCAGGCCCACUCAGCCGGCGCUGGCUCCGGAAUGGCGAGGGGGCGGUGCCGAGCUGUGGGAGCACCUGUGGGGCAGGAGCCCAGGGAGGCAGAGACUUUUACCCUCAAAAGGAAUGAGUCCCAGAGCCUGGCACAAGGAAGACAAGUGUGCAAAGUUGGUGGAAUGAAUUUCGGUGGCCUAAAUGUACCUUCCUGAAAUGCCACGGCUGACUGGGUCUCCUCGCCUACUUCACCCUCUCUUGCAAUCCAGCUUGUGAGGCGUGUGUAUCUGUGUCACUGCGCUUGUCUUUACAUGGAGGUUGGCUUCCCAGCCAUCCAGGCUUGCAUACACGUGCAUAAGUCCUACCGCUGCCUCGCCCGCCUGCUGUACCAGGCGUUGGUUCCUUCUUCCUGCCUGUUUUCUGUCCAAAUCCUUUUCUGAUUUGGACAGAAAACACGCAGGUGGCACACAGUAAGCGCUUAAUAAAAUUUCCGGCUACC